GUCUUGAAGAGAAAAAAAAAGGGACACAAACGUCAUUGCUGUCUGCUUUCACUUCAGUCAUAUGUACGCACUGUACAUCCAAAUAUACUUGCACAUUUAUAUGGUUGACGUGGUCGAAUCGGAUGUUGCCAUUAAACCCUAACCUCAUCUUCACUCCGUCGUCGUUCCUCCCUCUCUGCCCGCCGUCCUUUUCCGUUAGGUGCCGCGCCGCCGACGUCCCGGCCGGCCCUUCAUUUCCCCGGCGGUGGUUCAAUUUGGCGGCGGUGAGCGACGUUUCGAGUAGCGGAAGAAUUAGUUAUGAAGGCGACGUCGUUUCGGAUGCGGAGAAGAAGAAGAGAAUAAAUGGAAAGGAAACGAAGGUGAAUGCAAAGGAGAGGUGGUCGAGAGAUAGGGAGAGUUAUUUGACUGAUGAUGAUGAUGCUCUUCCUCUUCCCAUGGCGUAUCCGAAUACAACUCCGGUGGGGCCCGAUGUGAUUGAUAAACGCCUUCGUUGUGAUCCUGUCAUUGAGGACUGUAAAGAAGUAGUUUAUGAAUGGACUGGAAAGUGCAGGAGCUGUCAAGGAUCAGGCCUUGUUAGUUACUACAAUAAAAGAGGAAAAGAAACUAUCUGCAAAUGCAUACCUUGCCUUGGAGUUGGAUAUGUGCAGAAAUUUACAGCUCGCACAGAUAUUGAUGUGAUGGAGGAUUUGGAUAAUGGAAAGCCACCUUGAUACGUUUCUGUGAUCCUGGGAAUUUCUGUACCAUAAUUUUGAGUCUGAGCUGAUUCUUAGUCCAUGUAACAUUAUUGCAAUUCUCAAGCAACAGUAAUUGGUUGCAUUUCCUCUUCUGUAGAAUGUAUAAACCUGCACAGAAAAGUAAAAUCUCAUAGUAGCACUUUGUAGAUGGCGAAGGGAAUAACACACGGCCUGUUGGUAUACUUUACCUUAUA